ACUAGACAAAAAAAGGAGAAACCUUUUGAGUUAUGCAGUCUCUAUGCAUAACUCAAAUGGAGAAUCCAGAGAGGGAUCCAAACAAUCUCAACAUAGUCCAAUACAUUCUAAAGCCCAAAGAGAAAUGGGAUGAUAGAGACUACAAGAAGCACAACAUGGACAACGUCUCCAAAGCUGCCAUCUUCAAGACACUAGAUCCCAUCACCUUUUCCAAAAUCAAUCAUCUCAAAACUGCCAUGGAAAUAUGGCAAGGUCUUGGGAAGCUGUGUGAGGGAUCAGAGGAUCUGAGAAAGCUGAAGAUAGAGGUUCUGCUUGAGAAGUUCAAAAGCUUCAAAAUGCUUCCUAGAGAAUCAUUUGACUUGCUGGAUGAAAGAUUCCACAAGAUUCUAAAUGAUCUUGCAUCACUUAACCACGUUCUUUCUCCCAAAGAAAAGAACAUAAGGAAACCCGGCCACUGGAAGUCAGCUUGUCCGUACCCAAAAGUGGAGAAAUACGGAGAAGGAGAAAGGAACGAGAAGAAGAAAAAGGCAAUGGUAGCAGCUGAGAGUGACGAGUCUUCUAGUUCCAUCUCGGAUGAGGAAGCCCUCGUCUGCAUCAAACGCAGAACUGAGAAGUCCAACCAUGCGGAUCUUGGGCAAUGUCUUUUUGACAAGUUCAAAAAUAUGAUGGAAGAUUUUGAGAAAAUAAAUCUCAAACACUCAUCCUUGAAAGAGGAGAACAAGCUAUUGAGUGAUGAGAAUUUCAAGUUGACUGAAGGUCGGAAAAGUCAACUCAAUGAAAUCACUCAACUCAAGGUUGAGAAUGAAUCUCUCUCUGAAAAGGUAAAAACUCUCAAGAAGGAGCUAGGGAUACUAAAGUCCAAAGAAGCUGUGGAUAAGCUUCUUGAUACGACCAAAAAGAAGGGGCGUAAAAGACUUGGAUUUGACCCCUCCGAUUCCAAAAGGAAAGGGAGAACAACAUUUAUUCCUCCCAAACCUACUGCCAAACCCAAUAAGCAGAAAGAUAAGGAGAAGGAAACACCAACAGAAGUUCUCAAAAAGGUUGUCCCUCCUAAGAACUAUAAGAAGCUGGAUAAACCUAAAGGAGGAAACAAUUUUAGAAGAAAACCGUCUAACCCUUUAUUACAGACGAGGCUAUACUCAUUAUGGGGUAGACAGAAGUUUUCCGAGAAAUAGUGAGUGGAGAACUAUGCCAAGGUAUAGUCAUCCUCUACCCCAAAAAUUAUUUGUUCCACCUAAGUAUGCUUACAACCAUAACAGGUCACACUAUGCACAACCUAGACAAAAGUAUAGGCCUCACCAACCUAAGUUUGCUAGGAGGAAACAGGAAUUUACACCACCUGCACGUAGGAAAUUCUAUGCCUACAACUAUGACUACAACCCCAACAAGUUUAGAGCUACAAGAAAAAUUCCUUGCAACU